AGAGCAGGCAGAGGAAGAGGAGAGAUAACUGGAUGCAGAAAGGGAGGGAAGGAAGUAGCAGAGAGGAAAGGGAAUAACAUCUGGGAGGAAGGGGAGAAAGUGCUGGGAUGAGGAAGGCAGACACAGUCAGGCACAGGAAGAGCUAACACACGGACGGACGGCCACUUUUAGACUUAUAUUGCUCUCUCUCCCUCCCCUUUCCCUCAGUCUCCAGUCCCAACUCAAUGAUCAAGUUCAUUCAAGAAAUGUGAGUAGGUGACAGAGAGCUGAAAACAACUGGGCAGGGCCUCCCUGUCACUGAGCUUCACUUAUUGAUGAGCCGGAGACCAGAGCACCAACAAAGUCUGUCACAGCAAGUUGUUCCUGUGGGUGCAGUGAUACUGAUGCCAUCACCUGGUGCCUGACAGGUCAAGACCUUGGGACUGCAUCUCUAGAACUGCUGAGCAACAAGAACCAUGUCAAGUGUAAGGUACGAGCAGAGGGAAGAGCCUUCCAUAGUUAAUGGGUUCAGCAAUACUGAGGAGAAAGUAGAAAUCGAUAAUGGGAAGAAUGAAGUGGAGGAGCCAACAACAUGGCAGAACAAACUGAGGAAACUCAUUUCUCCAUUUGUGAUGUCCUUUGGAUUCAGGGUAUUUGGAGUUGUUCUCAUCAUCGUGGACUUUGUUCUUGUAAUUGUGGAUCUGUCUGUCAGUACCCAAAGCAGCGGGGCCAGCACUGCGAUUUCAUCCAUUUCUUUAUCCAUAUCAUUCUUCUUUCUUAUUGACGUACUUCUACAUAUUUUCGUGGAAGGGUUCCGUCAGUAUUUCAGUUCUAAGCUAAACAUAUUUGAUGCUGUUAUUGUAAUUGUGACACUGCUUGUUACUCUGGUCUAUGCAUUCACAGACUUCAGUGGAGCUUCUAAUAUUCCAAGAAUGGUAAACUUUCUCCGAGCUUUGAGAAUUAUCAUCUUAAUAAGAAUCCUCCGUCUGGCAUCUCAGAAGAGGCAACUUGAGAAAGUAACAAGGAGGCUGGUCUCUGAAAACAAAAGACGGUAUCAAAAGGAUGGUUUUGACCUGGAUUUGACAUAUAUUACUGAUCGUAUCAUUGCCAUGUCAUUUCCAUCAUCUGGGAAGCAAUCAUUUUAUAGGAAUCCUAUAGAGGAGGUUGCAAGGUUUUUAGACUCCAAACAUCAGGAUCACUACAAAAUCUACAACUUAUGCAGUGAAAAAGGAUAUGAUCCGAAAUACUUUCACUAUCGCGUGGAGCGAGUGUUUAUAGAUGAUCAUAAUGUCCCAGUGCUAGCGGACAUGCUGACUUUCACUGCGAGUGUACGUGCAUGGAUGGCAGAGGAUCCCCAAAACGUCAUUGCUAUUCACUGUAAAGGAGGCAAAGGACGGACGGGCACCAUGGUUUGCACGUAUCUUGUGGACAGUGACCAGUUUGAGAGUGCUGUGGAAAGCUUAGAUUAUUUUGGAGAAAGACGUACUGAUACAAGUGUAAGCACCAAGUUCCAAGGUGUAGAAACGCCUUCUCAGAGCAGGUAUGUUGCAUACUAUGAAGUUCUGAAGAACAAAUUCAGUCGCCAACUUCCUCCAGAGAAACAACUCAAAAUCCGGAGUAUCAGAAUCUACUCUAUACAAGGUGUAGGGAGAAGCAAUGGCACAGAUUUAAAGGUUCAGAUAAUAAUGAAGAAAGAAGUGGUGUUCCAGUGUGUGUGUGAGACACAGGGAAACUGUAAGCUGUUCUUUGAUGCUGGAAACAAUUCCAUAGUCAUAAGCCUCGAUGGUUGUCCAGUUAUCUCAGGAGACAUCAAAAUAAGAUUUGAGUCCAGCGCGAAUAUUCCAAAAGGCUAUGAUGACUGUGCAUUCUACUUCUGGUUCAACACAUCCUUUAUAGAAAACAGCAGGCUCUAUCUUUCCAAAAAUGAGCUAGACAAUCCCCACAAAGAAAAAUCUGGAAAAAUCUAUAAAGAAAACUUUGCAGUGGAGUUAAACUUUGAGUCUUGAUCCCCAUUUCUUUAAUGCACAGUAGAAGCCAGAGCACGGGUCAAACCAAAAGACUUCCCAAUGAUCACCUCUCUGUGGCAAAAUGGAGUAAUGUAUGCUCAGCUCAUACAAAGCCAAAGUACUGCUUUUAAUGCAGGUGUCUAUAUGUAAAUAUAACCUUUAAUAAUACAAUUUAUAUGUUUAUGUUACACUUCUUAAUGUACUAGCACCUCUUUUAUAGAAAUUGAAAAAAACAGAAUACUAUUGCAGUUGUCUCAUCGUACAUAUUGUGUGUAAGGAAGCGUCACAUUGCCCACAGUUAAGGUACUUAACCAAGUUCUAUCAGAUCUUCAUUCCCACUUGUGAUUGAACAAUUUACUGCCCUUAAAUGCCCUUUUUUAACUGCUAAAUGAGCCUUUUGCUAGAUAAUUAUAAUAAAACACACUUUAAAGUGUUUCAGACAG